CUCCGACCUGACCCACGAAUACUAGCCGUUACAGAGAGCGUCUCACACUCACUGCUUAACGUUCCCAUUUUCCACUUCCCCUUUUACUCGAUCCCUUGUUCAGUUUUCCAUCGAAACAAAGAGAAAUCUCUCCUUCUCUCUCCCUGUUCUUCCCCUUACCAAAGAGCCUUUUCGCGCUAUCCAGUGGAUUUCCAAUGGAGUUGGCAAGCAGGAGCAUCACUCCAGUGAAAGCAUCUCAUGGCUCUCGGUCAAAGAAUCAAGAUUCUUCUGAGAAUACCAAUCCGAAUAUCUCAAAAUCUCCAGUUUUAAAAUCGGCUAAGUCUCACAAAUCAGCAUCGAAAAACCCUAGUCCAAUAAUCUAUUCGCCGCAGCACAAGAUUCGGCAGAGGAAGUUCGUGGUCGCGAAGAAGAAUCCGAAGAAAGAGGAUGAAAGUUCCAUGGUUACGUGCAAGUGCAAAGUUAAAUCCGAAGGGAAUUCUAAGAAGUGUCUUUGUGUGGCAUACGAGAAUCUCAGGGCGUCACAGGAAGAAUUCUUUAAGAAUCCUGGAGAUCAGGAUCGGACCGAUGAUAGGGCAGAGAGUGAACUUGACAAGGUAAUAGAAAUGAGUUUGAUGAUCCAAGACCUUCGAAUUGAAGAUGAUGAGUAUGAAGGGAAAACAGAGGCUUGUCAAUGGGAAAAAGCUGACGGCGACGAGACACAGUCGCCAAAUCAAAUUGGAAGUUCGACAGUGAAACGGAGGAGGGACAAGUUGCUGGAAGAUGCAAGGAACAGUGUUCCUGAGAGUGGAUCUGGAAGAGUAAUGCAUUUGGUGAAGGCGUUCGAGAAGAUUCGGUCUAUACCUAUGUCGAAAGGCUCAGAUCAGGAGGAGGAAGAGAAGCAACCAGAGGAAACUAAGAAGGCGAUGAAAUGGGCAUUGCCUGGAUUACAACCUCCCAGUGAAAUUGAGGAUUCUUCUUCAUUCUGCCCAUCUCAGUUGAUUUUGACGUCCGAGAAUCUUGGCUUGGGUCCCCAAAUUUCGGCUUCUUCUUCCUGGGAUAGUAGCCGUGGAAGUAUAUCGAGCAGAACUUCUUCUGGAGGUCGAAGGAGCCGCAGAAAUAGUUUGGAAUCAUCAUCCAACACUUUAGGAAGAAGAAGGUGGAAAAAGAAGCAGCUAAGAGUCACAAGCCAAAAACCAUUCAAGCUAAGAACAGAGCAAAGGGGAAAGUUGAAAGAGGAAGAUUUUAUGAAGAAGGUGCAAGAGAUGAUGACCGAAGAAGAAAAGCAAAGGAUACCUAUUGCACAAGGCCUUCCUUGGACAACAGAUGAACCAGAGUGCUUGGUAAAGCCUCAAGUGAAGGAAAGUACUAGGCCUAUUGAUCUGAAGCUUCAUAGCGAUUUGAGGGCUAUUGACCGAGCUGUCUUUGACCACCAGGUGGCAGAAAAGAUGAGUAUAAUCGAGCAAUACAAGAUGGAAAGGGAGAGACAACAAAAGUUAGCGGAAGAGGAAGAAGUCAGAAGGCUUAGAAAGGAACUGAUUCCAAAAGCACAACCUAUGCCUUAUUUUGACAGACCAUUUAUACCCAUGAGGUCAAUGAAGCAUCCAACUAAACCGAGAGAACCGAAGUUUCACAUUCCUCAGCAUAAGAAGAUCAAGUGCUGCUUGUCAUGGAAUGACAUCAGCUCGUAUAUUAACUAAGCUUCUGCGAGCCUCCCUAAGUGUCAUCUGUUAACAUGAAACGAAUAAAAAUAAUUUUUAUUUUACUUUUCACAUUUCCCCACUCCGAAUGGUGUUUGAUAACACUUGUACACGAGCAACCAAUAUAGUUGCCAUUAUUUUUGGGGUUAUACCAUUGGUGAUUGGUUCACUGUAGUAAAAUUGUCGAUAGAGAUUGUUCACCAUA